GCUGCUGCUGCUGCUGCUACUACUACCGCUGCUGCUACUGCUGCCAAUUCAAUUUCUGUCAGUGUUAUGGAUUAUAUUUGCCGAAGUCAGAACUACAGUUAUUGGCACUGUAGGGAUUUCAAACUGUUGUGGACUGUUGUUGCCAACAAUAAUACUGCAUCUACCUUCCAACCUGAAGCUAUAUCUGUUUCUUACACCCAAGGUACAAAGUCAGGAUGAUGGCAGUGUUAGAAAUAUGACUGGUCAGUUGAUUCUGCAUACUGUAUGGUUCCAGCUUACUAUUGUAGCUGCGUAUAUUAUAAACCCAGCAACUUCCGAGUGUCAUGAAAUUUUUCGCAGUCAACUGAAAAAAUCUGGAACUUUCACAUCUCCUGGUUUUCCAUCUCACUAUCCAGAAUUAGUGUCUUGUCGAUAUAUUUUUGAAGCUGUUGGUGAUAAACGUAUCAAAAUUAAGUUUGAAUAUUUUGAGCUUGAAGGCAACAGUGAUGCUGGAUGCAAAUUUGAUUUUGUUGACAUUUUUGAAAUUGAUCACAUGGGUUUCAAAACAUUUUUGAACCGUUUGUGUGGUGCAGAAAUUCCUGGUCCAAUUAUAUCAAUUCAACCAAAAAUAGAGAUGUUUUUUAAAUCUGACUAUACAAAAAGUCUGCGAGGAUUUCUUGGACAUUAUGAGUUCAUAGAUGAUGGUUGGCAACCAUUUGGACCCCCUGAUAAACCCUGUAGUGCCGAGUUUGUUCAUGGUAUGGGAGGUGUUAUCACAUCUCCACAUUUCCCAGCACCAUUUCCUGCUAAUGUACAAUGCACUUGGCUUAUAAAAGUUGAGAGUCAGUAUAAGAUCCUUAUCAAUUUUGUAUACUUGGAUAUAAAAAAUACAGUGUAUUGUGAAGAAGCAGCUCUAAAAAUCUAUGAUGGGUUUGCUGAUCCCUCUACAGUACCAGCUGAAAAAAUCUGUGGUCGCCUUUAUGCUGAUCAUGGCGGACAGAAGGAAUUUAUUUCAAGAUCGUCAAGGAUCACGUUGAGAUUUAUUGUUGGACAUGACAAUCAGAAAAAAGACGGUGGCUUUAAAUUAGCAUGGGCAGCUGUUAAAACAGCAGAAGAUGGUCCAUGCAUGGGAUUUCUCUGUCAAGGGGCAAAAGGCUGUACCCUCAGUGGAAGCCCUGAAUGUGAGAAUAUCCCACAAUAUUGCAUUGACAGUUCUUUGAGGUGCAAUAAAAUACCAAACUGUGCAUCACUUGACAACAGUGAUGAAAAGCACUGUUUGGAAGAGAUCCUGCUGAUUACAGCAUGUGUUGUGGCUCCUCUAAUUUUCGUCUUACUGCUAACUCUCAUCAUUGUCUAUUGCUACCGUAGACAACAUUUUCAAAAGUCAUCUUCACAAAACCAACAGCUCACUUCUCAUCUCCCACCCCUUGACCAGAGCCCACUCUCUCGCCGACACUGUGUCAUGCAGACCUCUUUCAUUGACGGCAGCCAAGGAGAAGAUGACGAUGGAAUAGGCUCUUCCACCGAAGAAUACUGCAACAACCCAAACAGCAAAAACAAAGCGGCCUACCAGCUUAUGAAACAAGCCACAAUCAAUGAUGGCCGGGUUGUUGUGGCUGAUAUAUGAAGUCAGAUAACAACACCAAAUAACAACAACAACAAAACUAAUAAUAAUAAUAAUAAUAAUAAUAAUAAUAAAAUAAUAAUAAUAAUAAUAAUGAUAAUAAUUGUAACAAUAAUCAUAAUAUUAAUAAUAUUAAUAAUAAUUGUAAUAAUGAUUGUAUAAAAAAAAUAAUAGCAUCAACGUCAAUAUCAUCAUCAUCAUCAUCAUCAUUAUUAUUAUUACCAUUGAUAUCAUUAUCACUUUACAACAAUGAACCACAAAAACAACAGAUGUAGUUUGUUAAAACAACGAUAAUGACAACGACAACAAUUUACACAUGUAUGUAGCUAUGUGUGUGUGUGUGUGCUCAAACAUAUAUAUAUAUUUAUAUAUUAUAUAUGUAUGCACGUAUGGAUGUAUGUAUAUCU